AUGGAUCAAAGUUCUGGGGAGCCUAAGUUAACUUUGAGACUUGUCGUUGAUGAAGAGAAAAACAAAGUCGUUUUAGCUGAGGCUGAUAGGGAUUUUGUUGAUGUACUCUUUAGCCUUGUGACACUCCCAAUGGGCACUAUUGUCAGAUUGCUUGAGAAUCAUCGAAAGUCUGAGAGCGUAACUAUUGGUUGUUUUGGCAACCUCUAUAAAAGUGUUGUGGACAUGGGCGUUGAUGACUUUGAGACUGAAGCUUGUAAGCAGAUGCUCGUGCGUCCAGGAAGCUUGAGGGAUGUCCAGUGCAAAAGGCUUAAGCUCAGCAUAAACCCUACUGAUGAUGUCAAGUACUUUGAGUGCUCUUCUUUGACAAGCUGUAAAAUGUUGAGUGAUUUUAGCACUUCUCAAUGUCGAUGUGGAAAGCUGAUGAAAGAGGAAGUAAAACUAAGAGAAAAAGUUGAAGACAAGAUACAAAAUGGAGUAUUUGUGAGAGGCAGGUCUUCAUUCAUCAUAACUGACGACUUGAUAGUGGCAAUUAGGUCCACUGACCUUAUCUUGAAAAAGCUCAAAUCCGCGGGCUGUGGGGAUCUUAGCAAGGUUGGAGAAAGGCUUAUUGAUAUCGGUUUCGAAGAGGUCAUGACUCUGCUGCAAUGUAUCUUUUCCUCAAAUGCUCCCUUGACGGACGCGUUAUUGAAAAAGCAAAUCCCACAAGGUCUCAAGACCUGUCAAACGCCAAGUCCAUACACGGUGAGAGAAUCAGAUGAAUCCGAACAAGUGAUAACUUUAAGUGUGAUCAUGAGUAAGCAUGACAUGAAAGUUUUAUAUGUCGAAUGCGGAGAAGAUUUUGUUGAUCUUGUUUUCACUUUUCUUGCUGUUCCGCUGGAAAAUGUGCUGCAAACAUCUGGUAACAACUCCAAUUUUGGGUGCAUUGGAAACCUGUUGAAAAGCUUCAACGACUUGCGUGCUACACAAGUUUCAACAUCCGAAGCCGUGAUCCCGCAUUACUAUAAAUGUCAGAAGCAGUUGCUCAAUAUCAUCACUGCCAAACGUCAGUCCUUGGUGAGAACAAGUGAUUCGGAACCUAUGGUUCUGAUUGAUCCGAAAUCUAAUGGAAACGAUCAAUCAACAACAGAAGAAAGCGGAUUCGCCAAGAGAGACACAAAGUUUAUAGUAUCAGAUGAUCUGGUCAUUACACCGAUGAACUCCAGCUCAACCUUUUGCUUACUGAAGAAGUUGCAGAUUCAAGCUGAGGAUCUUGAGGUGCAAGAAAUAAGCAUCAGCAAAACAGAGGCUACAAGUUUAUUGAGAGCUUCCUUGUUGACAUCCUCUGCGUUGAACGCUGCUUUAUGGAGCUUGAUUGCGAAGAAGCCAGAGAAAGAGACUUGA